AUGGUCCCUGCACUCCCAGACCGCGGCAUCACGAUCUCGAUCAACUUGGCAGAGAAAUUUGCUCAAAUCAAUGUUUUCGGCGAGGUUGAAGAGGGGGGAGUAUUUAUGACGGAGGAGACAAAGGAGGUAUCUAGGGAGUGGGAAAAUGGGGCCGAGUUUGAUGAUUUGAGCGUGGAGAUUGGGGAGAUAGGAGGGAGGGAUCAAGGGUUAAUGAAGGGGAAGAUGACAUACUUAGCUGCACUGCUUUUCUCUUACUGUCCUGAGGAGUUUUGUUUCCGUGGCGCUGCGUCUUUUUGCUCAGCUGAGCUGAAAUCAGGUAUAUCAUGGUAUUGUAUAGGAGAUAUUGAUAUAUGGGAUGUGAAGGCUUGUCACAUUAGUCAUAGGGCUGCCCUCACGGCCUUGGAAGUUACAGGUGCUAGCUAUCAAUUUAACGGAAAUACCAUGUUAUCGAGGUUUGCAAAUAACUAUGUAGACAUGGUGCCCCAAAAUAUCACGGAAUACAAUGGCCUUACGGAGGACAUGCGAUUCUGUGAUUCCCAGUUAUUGGCAGGUCUAGAAGCAUUAACAGAUGAGAGGCAGCCUGUAACUCCUAUACCACUCAUGACGUCGUAUAACCUUCCCGGAUUCGAUGCAGAUAAUAUUUUGGGGUGGCCGCGCAUUUGGAAAUUGGCACUCGUCUAUGCGAAGGCAAAUUCUGCUGUUUCAAACGCAUUAAUCGUGUCGGACCUGCCCUCCUAA